CUGAUGAAGAAGAUGGCAAUCAGGUUGUGAUUUUGAGGUCAAAACCAGGCACAAGCAGCUCAAUGGGUGGCCCUAUGGACAAAUUCUGCAAGCCUGGUAUAGAAGAAACUGUCAAGAGGAAGCAAAAAAGAAAUUGUGAAUCCGAAAAGGUUCAGUCGAAGGUGUCAACUCAGCAAAGACAACAGAGGAGGGAUAGAGCUUGUGGAUAUAUAUGUCAAUUUUUCUAUGAAGCUAGCAUCCCACAUAACACUGUCACACUUCCUAGCUUUGCAUGUAUGCUUCAGGCCAUUGGAGAUGUUGGCACAAACUUCGAUGGGCCUACGGCAUAUGAGAUGAGUGGACCAUUCUUGCAGAAAAGGAAGAAGAAGGUGUUAGAUUCAUUCAAACCACAUAAGCAAGCAUGGGAGCACACAGGUUGUACCGUAAUGACAGAUGCAUGGACAGAUAAAAAGGGCAGGGGAGUAAUGAACCUAGUUGUGCAUAGUUCUCAAGGAGUCAUAUUCUUGAAUUCAGUUGAUUGUUCAUCUGUCCAAAAAAAUGGCAAAUACAUCUUUGACCUCGUUGAUAAUUUCAUUGAAGAUAUAGGGGCAGACAAAGUCGUUCAAGUGGUGACCGACAAUGCUAGUGUCAAUGUAGCAGCAGCAAGUCUAAUGAAAGCAAAGCGACCUUCCAUUUUUUGGAAUGGAUGUGCAACCCAUUGUAUUGAUCUCAUGUUGGAGGACAUAGGGAAGCUUGGAUCGGUUGACAAAAUAAUUGCCCAAGCAAGACAAGUAACGGUGUUCUUGACAUGUAGCUCCUCAGCUUGUGAGAGAAAUUGGUCAGCAUUUGAACAAGUUCAUACAAAGAAACGCAGCAGGCUACUCCAUGAUAGGAUGAGUGAUCUUGUAUUUAUCAAGUUCAACUCUAGGAUGAAGCAUAAGAGAGAGAACAAGAGUAGAGACCCAAUAGAGAAGACAAUCGUUGAUGUUCUUGAGGACGAGGAUAACGAGUUCAUCACCGGCAUUGUUGGAAAUGAUAAUGUUGUUGAACAUGUUGGUGAUGAAGAUCAAACUCAACAAGAGAGAGCUUCAACAUCACAAGAACAAGGGAAAAAGAAGAAGAGGCCUACUGCGCCCCCUAGAAAGAAGAGGAAGAAGAGCUUGCAAUCUCUCCUUAAUAGUGUCGAUGAGGAAGCUAUACUUUCUGCCUCUUCCAAUUCUUCUUCGUCGGAAUCAGAAGAUGAGUCUCCCUCGGCCCUUGCUGACUCGGAUUAAUUGCAUGGUUGGGUGUACCACUUUUGUUGUUUCAAAGUGUGCUGGCGGUAUGUCGUUAUGUUGCUAUGUCAAGUUAGUUGGCUGAACUUAUAAACCGGACCAUCUCAUGUUGUUGAUGUACCACUUUUGUUAUUCAAAGUGUGCUGGUGGUAUGUUGCUAGUUGCUAUGCCAAACUUUGCUCUGUUAUGUAAUGAAUUGAACCAUCUCCUGAUAUAUGUCCUUAUUAUGUAUUGUACUAUAUGGAGCUGUUCUUUGCAUUAUGACUAUGAGUUUAGGACUUGCUGCUAUAGUUUAUGAACUGCACUAUGUUAUGUGGCUGUUUGCAUGAGUAUGGUAGGAACUACAUAAUACAGUAUCAUUUUUCUAUUAACUUGGCUGUAUGCUAGUUGAUAUAUGUCCAUUUUCAAGUAUAUAUAUGUCAAGUUGAUGACUGAUUCUAUGUUUAUUUUUUUCAUUUUUUAUUGAUUUAUACUGAAACGCUAAA